AUGCUUCUGGUGUUGUUUAGAAAAUGUUGUCGUAUCUUGUGGAAACACCUAAGUUAUCAGCAGCAUAUUAUUUGGCUAUUCCUACUGGUUCUGUUAAGUCAGCAGCAGCAGGGCAGCGAUGGUAAACCAACAAAAUGGAAUCACAGCAUACAACGUCGUUUUAUGUGGAAACAAAUGGAUAGUUCAGUCGAUGGAUUUGUAGAUCGUGUCGUGACGGGAGCACGUGUUAUGAAAAGUAUGAUUGGUGACUUUAUGCCGCCGAAACAAAGCUCUUCAAAUGCCAUGGACUAUUUACCUACAGAGACUACCAGAAUCAAAUACAUAAUUAGGAACCCUCAUACAAAAGAAACAAAAGUAAUUCGAGUUCGGCCGUCUAAAAAAGUGGUAAAGUUAAUGGCAAUGACGCCAAAGCCGCUUAUGACGGAAAAAUUCAAAUCUAUGUAUAUGAUGGAUCCCAAACAACUGAGAAAAUUGGAAAAGGAGCAGGAACUAAUAGCAGAAGGUCGAGUGCCCAUGAUAAAUGAAGCACGACCAAGUUACAUGUCAUUUAGAACUGGAAAACAAAGGGAUGCAAAAGAUGUCGAUUUUCAUUCUGAAAAUGGUAUAGUUACCGGCAGAAUACACGAAUUCCACGAUAGUUGGAAACCAGUUUAUAAAAUUGGCGAUACACCAACAGGUUUCACGACUUUCAAGCCAUUUAUGAUGAGUGCUUUGCAUACCAGUGUAGUAGGCGAACUACUUCCCGAACCUCAAAAGCAAGUAUAUGAACCAUUAACUUCAAAUGAUUUUCCUGAAGAAGAACCAAAAAAAUCCCAUACAUAUGAAGUCACCGAAUAUACAGCUGAGGAAUCAGUGGUCCAGCCAUAUACUCAUGAAUACUACAAUCAACGAAGUCCAUCGUCUUCGAGAGGUUCUGCUUUAAAGCACUCUCAAGUAACCACUGAAAUUCCAAAUGUCAUUACACAAAUUGAAGAUGACACUGAUACUAAACCUUAUCAGGUUGAAUAUCGAUCGCAACGUGGAUUUUUGCCAUCCAGAGGAAAUUACAGAUUAAAUGAAGAAACGACUACGACAACUACAACACCAACUCCGACCACUACCACCACAGAAGAGCCAAACUAUCCAGCAAUAUUUCUUAAAAAAAUGCGUAGCCGCCCUGAUAGCAAUUAUAGUCCCAAAGCACAACAGCGCAGCAAACCACCAGAAUUAUCUAUUGAAAACAGUUGGUUACCUUCAAAUACUACGUAUACUAGUCAAAAAGCCAGAGAAAUUCCAUUCCACCAACCCCUCACAUCUAUAAAUACCGGACAGCGCACUAAGUCUCAGAAAUGGCCACCAGAUGUCGAAGACACUUAUUUAAAUUCUGAAUCAUUGUCGUCAUACGAUAUUUCUAGUACAACAGAAGCACCAACACUUCAAGAAUUUACAACACAGUUAAUUCAAGCCAGCAGCAAUUCACGCAAAAAUGUACGACUUAAAACCCACCAUUACCCAUCAUUUAACGAACCGAAACACAGAAAUGUGAGGCAGAGAGGAUCAGUGAAAUUUGGAGAUAGAUUAGAAAUAGAAGAACGUUGAUAAUACGUGUAUUAGUUUUAAUGGAAGCAGUAGUUUGUAAGUUCUGUAAAAGAUCUAUGUAGGUUAUCAAUUUAUAUUUAAUUUUAAACAGAUUUAUUUUAAGAUUUUUUAAUAAAAUGUAUUUACUCUUAAA